AUGGCUCCUAACCAGAGUGCCUCUAGCCAGUAUGCCUCUGCCUUCAACCAGGGUCCUUCGAACCAGGCUGCGUGGCUUACUGCAAAAUCAGCGUACCCCCUCAGAGUUAGCGUCGCGCCAUAUACGCCUCCAUCCGCCCAUCAAAUUGUGGUCAAAAAUCAUGCUGUGGCUGUCAAUCCAAUCGAAUGGACCAAGCAGUUGAUGGGCAACCUGAUGUUUACCUGGAUCAAGUACCCGUUUGUGCUCGGAAAUGAUUGCGCCGGUGAGGUUGUGCAGGUUGGUGACAUGGUCUCUCGCAUCGAAGUUGGUGAUCGGGUUCUUGCUCACGCCGUAUCCAUGGAUCCGGGUGUCAACAAGUCGUCCGAGGGUGCUUUCCAAAACUACACCGUGAUCCAUGACAACAUGGUCACAGUGAUUCCGGAUUGGCUCUCUUAUGAAGAGGCUUGCGUUCUUCCCCUCGGCCUAUCAACUGCCGGAACCGCCUUGUUCCACUCGGAGUUUCUCUUUCUUAAUCGCCCUGGCACCCCGCUAGGCACAGCCCCAAACUCGCCCCCCGAAGCAGUCCUGGUGUGGGGUGGAUCGACCAGCGUGGGUUGCAACGCAAUCCAGCUCGCCGUAUCUGCUGGCUAUGAGGUCAUCACCACUUGCUCACCCCAAAACUUCGAGUAUGUCACCAGUUUGGGCGCAUCCGCAACAUUUGAUUACCGCAACGAGCUCACUAUCCAGCAAAUUAUCCAUACUCUGUCGAAGAAGAAAGUUGUGGGUGCCAUUGCUAUUGGAAAGAACUCGACUGAAGCUUGCAUCGAAAUUCUCGCAAAGACGAAUGGCUCGAAGUUUGUGGCCCGAGCCAGUUUCCCAUUCCAGGAAAGGGUUCCAACCACAACCUUCCGCGCUAUGGCAGCCGCAAUGUGGUCAAACAUCAAAAUAUUAAUCAAGGCGAAGCGCUGCGGCGUGAAAACCAAGUUUAUUUUCGGGAGCUCUGCAGUCCAUACUGAGGUUGGCUCUAUGGUUUAUCGUGAAUUCCUCCCUAAUGCUCUUGAAACUGGGAAUUUUGUUGCUGCUCCUAAGCCGCGUGUUGUUGGGAAGGGUCUGGCACAAAUCCAGAGUGCUAUGGAUUGUCACAUGAGGGGCGUGUCUGCUCAGAAGGUUGUCGUUUCCCUCUAA